AUUUUUGACAAAUUGAGGCUCGCGUGUUGUUUACCUUUUCACGGAUAGAAACUCGGUUUUCUCUUCAAAAGUGUUCAAAAGUUAUCGCAGUUAUGUAAAUUCCUGCUGAGCAAAUUAUUUGUUUUGAAAUACGGUUACUCGAACAAUAAGUAAAGCCAAACAUGAACAGAAUCCUUUCGCGAUCGUUUUCUUCUGCGGUACGGGACAAUGUGGAAGCAUUGAAACAACGAAGGGCUACACUGCUGGCACGCCUCGAGGCGCUUGAGUUGCCGGAAAAAUACAAAGGAACCAUCUGGGAGAAAUGGGCUAUGUACUGGAAAAACCUGGUCAUCGAUUAUAAGGAAAUGAUAGUCGACACCGGUAAGACAAUGCGGGAACGCCCGAUUCGCAGCAGCAUCUACCUUACCCUGCUGGGUGCCAGCGCUUACUGUUCAAGCAACAAUCCGGAUGAAGCAGAUUUCAUGGAUCAGUUCCGACGUCGCUCAAAUGAACUUUCAAUGGUACACCCAAGCUGUCAGAAUCCGCAGGCAUCUGAACACAUCCAAUUCGUUCAGCGAGCAUACAACGAGGGCAUAGUUCGGCGGAUAUCACUUGGGGUAGUUUCGUUUAUGUGGCUGGACAACUACGAUCGUGGUGUGGCGAUUUAUAAGGCAAUCUGUCCUUACCUACAACCACGGUAUGUUACCUUCCACGAACGGAUUAUCGAUGUCGGUUUCAACAAACGAUGGUGGAUGCUUGAGCGAAAGAUGAUAGACUACGACAUCAACGAUGCUAGUUUCGAAGUUAAAUAAAAAUUUUAUCGUUUAAUCGUCA